AGCGUUUUCAUAAUUAGGCAUGAACAAGCUGUAGUAGCUUCUGUUGCUGGGUCAAUCUUUAAUGUGAAAAAGAGGCUAUAGAGCUGUGAAAGGACAACUUGUGUAAAACUGGUUCUGGCUUCUGUAUGGAAUUGGUAAAAACCUGCUGAUGUUUACAAUUUUUUUUAAAAUUCUACAAAGAAAAGGUCCGUGACGAAGACACAUAAUCGCUUCGCAUUUCUAGAAUAAGCGCGUUGGAAAUCAUGAAAUGAAUAUCAUUAUGUUAAGUUCAUUGACUUAAUCCGGGUGAUACAUGAUCAACGUCCAUUCUUAUAAGGGAAAUAGCUGUUGAGUGAAUAUGAUGUGCCACUUAUUAUGAAUAUCUAGAUAGGAAGUUGGAUCAUUUCCUAGACUCCCCAAGAUCGUAUCUGCCCUCUAAAACGCUGAAAUGCUGUUAAAAUAAUUGGUGUUUUGACUCAUUCUAGGAGAUAUCUGAGAGUGUAGCUCAUAAAGAAAUUAGUGGGAUACCAUACGAAGUUGUUAAGAAGAGUAGAUAUGUUUUUUAAGUGAUAGAGUUGUUGAAGGUAGGAAGGCUUCAAUAACUACGUACUAAAUAAAUGUUGGGCUUACUGAUGGGAUUAGUAUAUAAGCUUUUGAGUCCCUCCAUUGCAGUCAUUCACAAAGUGUCUGUUAGAUCUUUGAAGGAGUAGGAGUCUUGAGUUGGAGUGUAGUUUUCUGGUGACUUGGUUUUAGGGUUUGCCAGAAAUGGCCAAGUUUUGGCCACAGUGCUUGGUUUAUGCCUUGGCAUUUUGCUUGGUAGCCACUAAUGUAGUGGCUGAUGGUGACAGUCCUUAUGAACCUUACAAGCCUUACAAUUAUGCAUCUCCUCCCCCGCCACCUCCACCUUAUGCUUACAAGUCUCCAUAUCCUUACUACUAUAAGUCUCCACCACCUCCUUCCCCGUAUUACUACAAGUCACCACCACCACCUCCAUAUUAUUACAAAUCCCCACCUCCUCCAUCUCCCUCACCGCCUCCUCCUUACUAUUAUAAAUCUCCACCACCACCUUCUCCUUACUACUAUCAGUCACCACCUCCUUCUCCCUAUAUUUACAAAUCCCCACCUCCACCUCCUUAUUACUACCUGUCCCCACCUCCGCCUCCUUACUACUACCAGUCACCACCUCCCCCACCUUAUAUUUACAAGUCUCCACCACCGCCAUCUCCAUCUCCUCCUCCACCAUACAUCUACAAGUCCCCACCUCCACCAUCUCCAUCUCCGCCUCCUCCCUACAUUUACAAAUCUCCACCACCACCAUCCCCAUCUCCACCUCCUCCAUAUGUCUAUAAAUCUCCGCCACCACCUCCCUACAUUUACAAAUCUCCACCACCACCAUCCCCAUCUCCGCCUCCUCCAUAUAUUUACAAAUCCCCACCACCUCCUUCUCCAUCACCGCCACCUCCUUAUGUCUACACAUCCCCACCACCUCCUCCUUAUAUCUACAAAUCCCCACCUCCUCCUCCUUACAUCUACAAGUCACCCCCUCCACCUUCUCCAUCACCUCCUCCACCUUAUUACUACAAAUCACCACCACCUCCAUCUCCUUCUCCCCCACCUCCCUACUACUACAAGUCCCCGCCUCCACCAUCCCCAUCACCUCCUCCACCGUAUUAUUACAAGUCCCCUCCUCCACCAUCACCUCCACCUCCAAUGUACUACUACUCAUCACCACCACCUCCUCCCACAUACUACUAAACAAGACGCUAUCUCUACUAGUUGUAUUUCAUGCUUUAUUAGAAAGAAUAAAUGGUACAAAAAGGGGAAUCAGUUGUUUUCCUGGAGUCCCAUCCUCGGCUACUUCACCUCAAAGAAGACAACUGGUUUAAGAAUAAGGGGGCAUGACAUGGAGGGAUGGUGCUUCUCCUGCAGCCUGUUUUGCGUGCUUUCAAUUCUAUGUUCAUAAUGUCUACAAUAUUCCAUUUGUUUACUGUUGGUUAGAACAUAUACUCGUCCAUUUGCCUCAGAUUUGGAAAUAAAAUGAACCCAUUCGAUGGGCAUAUGUAGACCGGAUUAAUUAAGAGAAACUGCAUGUUGUUUGAGAGAGAUGAUCAAACUUU